AUGGACGUUGAUCACUUGGCCCCAGCUGCUGCCUUAGCGCUGUUGAGCAAUGUGAUCAGUGAUAUCGUUGCCUCGGAUCAGUCAACGGCAAGAUCGUCGUCGUCGCCGGCGCUGCUGACCUUGCGAUCUGCCGCGUCUCUCCGCCUUCGCGCCCUGGCGUACUUCAUCCCCGUCCAGAGAAACUUCCCUACAAAAGCCCUCAUCUUCUUCAUCAAACCUCGCCGCUGUGCCAUCGCUGUUGGCCCUUCCGACAUCGCCUGUCGAUUUGGCCAACUGCGCGGCUAA